CUCUCUCUCUCUCUCUCUCUCUCUCUCUCUCUACUCUGCUUCCUGCACUUGUUCUGGGCCCGGCGUUCUGCGAGGUGGUGAGCUGCCUGCGCGUUUCCUCUUUGGAUCGCCACUCAUUCGGAGGGAGGACGUGAGGAGCAGCCAUCCCCCCCCCCCGCGCGCUACGCUCCAGCCAGCAGUCCACACACCCACCCCUACGCCCAGCGCUGCGCCCUCACAGCCCCCAGUGCUAGCCCGCGCUCCGCGGACGUGCCGACAGGAUGAUUGCCGCCCAGCUCCUGGCGUACUACUUCACCGAGCUGAAGGAUGACCAGCUCAAAAAGAUCGACAAGUACCUGUACUCCAUGCGCUUCUCGGAUGAGACGGUGCGUGACAUCAUGACCCGCUUCCGGCGGGAGAUGCAGAACGGGUUGGGCCGCGACACCAACGCCACCGCCACUGUCAAGGUCAAGAUGCUGCCCACCUUCGUCAGGUCCAUCCCCGACGGCUCAGAGAAGGGGGACUUCCUGGCCCUGGACCUAGGGGGGUCCAACUUCCGGAUUCUGCGGGUCAAGGUGACCCGGGACAAGAAGCAGCCGGUUCAGAUGGAAAGCCAGGUGUACGAAACGCCCGACGACAUCAUCCACGGCAGCAGCACGCGGCUGUUCGACCAUGUUGCCGACUGCCUGGGGGACUUCAUGGAGAAGCAAAACAUCAAGGACAAGAACCUUCCAGUUGGCUUCACCUUCUCCUUCCCCUGUGCCCAGACCAAACUGAACGAGGCCGUCCUCGUCACCUGGACCAAGAAGUUCAAGGUGAGCGGGGUGGAGGGCAUGGACGUGGUGAAGCUCCUCAACAAAGCCAUCAAGAAACGAGGGGACUACGAGGCGGACAUCAUGGCGGUGGUCAACGACACCACGGGCACCAUGAUGACCUGCGGGUUCGACGACCAGCGAUGUGAAGUGGGCAUCAUCAUAGGCACAGGAACCAACGCCUGCUACAUGGAGGAGCUGCGCCACAUGGACCUGGUGGAGGGAGACGAGGGCCGCAUGUGCAUCAACACCGAGUGGGGCGCGUUCGGGGACGACGGCUCCCUGGAGGACAUCCGCACAGAGUUCGACCGCGAGAUCGACCGCGGCUCCUUAAACCCCGGGAAGCAGCUGUUCGAGAAGAUGGCCAGCGGGAUGUACAUGGGGGAGCUGGUGCGUCUCAUCCUGGUGAAGAUGGCCAAGGAGAGCCUGCUGUUCGAGGGCCGCAUCACCCCGGAGCUCCUGACCAAAGGCACCAUCGAGACCAAGCACGUCUCAGCCAUCGAGAAGAGCAAGGAGGGUCUGAAGAAGUGCAUGGAGAUCCUGACCCGGCUGGGCGUGGAGCCCUCAGACGAGGACUGCCUGGCCGUGCAGCACGUGUGCACCAUCGUGUCCUUCCGCUCGGCCAACCUGGUGGCCGCGACCCUGGGGGGCAUCCUGCUCAGGCUCAAAGAGAACAGGGGGGGGAUGCGCCUCCGGACCACUGUGGGCAUUGACGGAUCCCUCUACAAAAUGCACCCCCAAUACGCCCGGCGUCUCCACAAGACGGUGCGGCGCUUGGUGCCCGAGACCGACGUGCGCUUCCUGCUCUCAGAGAGCGGGAGUGCGAAGGGCGCGGCCAUGGUGACGGCGGUGGCCUACCGCCUGAGCGACCAGGCCCGGCAGAUCCAGCAGACGCUGGCCGAGUUCAGGCUGACCAAGGCCCAGCUGCUGGAGGUGAAGAAGCGCAUGCGGACGGAGAUCGAGAGAGGCCUGAAGAAGGAGAGCCACGAGGAGGCCACGGUGAAGAUGCUGCCCACCUUCGUCAGGAGCACGCCGGACGGGACAGAAAAUGGAGAUUUCCUGGCUCUGGACCUUGGAGGGACCAACUUCCGCGUUCUGCUGGUGAAGAUCCGCAGUGGGAAGAGGAGAACGGUGGAGAUGCACAACAAGAUCUACGCAAUUCCUAUAGAAGUCAUGCAGGGCACUGGAGAAGAGCUUUUCGACCACAUCGUGUUCUGCAUUUCCGACUUCCUGGACUACAUGGGCAUGAAGAGCGCCCGCCUGCCCCUUGGGUUCACCUUCUCCUUCCCCUGCCACCAGACCAGUCUGGACGCAGGAAGGCUGGUGAACUGGACUAAAGGUUUCAAAGCCACCGACUGUGUGGGUGAAGACGUGGUGGAGCUUCUGCGCGAGGGAAUCAAAAGGAAAGAGGAGUUUGAGCUGGACGUUGUUGCCAUAGUGAACGACACCGUGGGAACCAUGAUGACCUGUGCCUACGAAGAACCCACCUGUGAGGUGGGGCUCAUCGCAGGGACCGGCAGCAACGCGUGCUACAUGGAGGAGAUGAGGAACAUUGAGUCUGUGGAGGGCAACGAGGGCCGCAUGUGCGUCAACAUGGAGUGGGGCGCGUUCGGGGACAACGGCUGUCUGGACGACAUCCGGACGCAGUACGACCGUGCCGUCGACGAGAACUCACUCAACGAGGGCAAGCAGAGGUAUGAGAAGAUGUGCAGCGGCAUGUACCUGGGGGAGAUCGUCAGGAACAUCCUCAUCGACCUCACCAGGCGCGGCUUCCUCUUCCGGGGCCAGAUCUCCGAGACGUUGAAGACCCGUGGGAUCUUCGAGACCAAGUUCCUGUCCCAGAUCGAGAGUGACCGUCUGGCCCUGCUCCAGGUGAGGGCCAUCCUGCAGGGUCUGGGUCUGGACAGCACCUGCGACGAUAGUAUCAUCGUGAAGGAGGUGUGUGGGUCCGUGUCUCGCCGCGCCGCGCAGAUCUGCGGAGCCGGCAUGGCCGCCGUGGUGGACAAGAUCCGGGAGAACCGCGGGCUGGACCACCUGGACAUCACCGUGGGGGUGGACGGAACGCUCUACAAGCUCCACCCACACUUCUCAAGGAUCUUCCACCAGACAGUGAAGGACCUGGCCCCGAAGUGCGACGUCAACUUCCUGCUGUCGGAGGACGGGAGCGGGAAGGGGGCGGCACUCAUCACCGCCGUGGGCUGCCGUCAGCGGGAACAGGAAGCCCAGCAGCACUAAGUCGAGAAACAGUCACCAUCACCCUGCCUCCCCCCUCAACAUCCACCCAGCUCCCUGCCUCCCCCCUCUCACCAUCACCCACCCUCCCUCCCUCCUCUCACCCUCACCCACCCUCCCUCCCUCCUCUCACCCCCCCUUGUGUGCAUGUGUCUCGCCUCCUCUAUCUCUCUGUCUCUUUCUCUGUGUGUCUCUCCCUCACCGUCUCUCUUGCCCCUUUUCUCUCUCGCUUCCUGUCUGCAUCCCUCUCCCCCUCUCUGUCUCCAUCAACUCGCCCAUGGCAGCCGUGACUCUGACUCGGCCCCUUCAACUAUGCCUCAGCCCUUUCCACAGGAAGAGCUAUCCGUGCAUACAGGGCAGAAUGAUUGCUACUACAGAUAUCCAAAUUAAAGCUUCAUAUUUAUUUAUACUGCACCAGCCAUUAUUAGUUCGUCCCUUGUACAUUUUACUUUAUCGCUUGUUGUUCAUAGUAUAAAUCUAAACGUAGGUGUGCAAUGUUUGUGUAUUGACAAUUGUAUUUUUAUAUUGAGGACAAAAUAUAUAUAUAUAUAUAUAUAUAUAUUUAUAUAUAUAUAUAUAUAAUUGUAUUUAUAUAGCAAAUGUCACUUUGAAUCCCAGGGGAUGUGAGGGUUUGCACCACGGAUAUGAAAGAGGAACAACAAUUUGGUUCUCUUUACUUUUGACGCGAUCAGUAGAGGGUGGUCUAGAUUGAACACGGGGGGGGGGGGGGCGUCUUGUCUUGUGAUCUGAGAACCUUAAAGUGGUUCCAGAAAGGGCUCACUGCAUGGGGCAGAAUACAGGGUCACGGCUGCAGGUCCGUCCUCGUCUGAUGUCCAACGCGCAGCUCAACUGCGUGCUAGCCCACUAACACAUCCUCUGCCUCCAUGUCCAAGCUUCUCAAAUUAAGUCUAUGUUCUGGUCGCUGAAUCCACGCUCACCCAUUUUAGAUGUUGUGUUAACCACCAGGUCCUUGCAUAAUGGAACCAUAAAUGUUUUUGGGGGCACCCCCUCCUGAGAAGACAGGGGAUUCCCAGCGUGUUUUGUAUGUGUGUUUGUUGCAGAGCAUUGGAGUGUCCUUUACUGUGAAAUAACACGUAUAGCUUUGACUGUCCACACUGCCCACCAGCCUGCAUGCCUUACAUCACCUCUUCGAUCAACACCCGUUCCUUUUAGUCGUUGUUGUUUAUAACACCAGUAUUGAUUCGUGAUCAAAACGUUGAAGUGAAUUCAUUAAAACAAUAUUUUGUUGUGAUGUCAA